CGCCCUUCUGUCCUUCCCGCUUUCGCUGGGAGAAACAUGGCCGGGAGCAGCGAGGAGGCGCCAGACUCCGGGCGAGGCGUGGUGAUUAUGGACGAUUGGCCAGGAUAUGACUUGAAUUUAUUCACAUACCCACAGCACUAUAAUGGAGAUUUAGAGUAUGUCCUCAUACCCCAUGGCAUCAUUGUGGACAGAAUUGAGCGGCUGGCUAAGGAUAUUAUGAAAGACAUAGGAUACUGUGACAUUAUGAUCCUGUGUGUGCUUAAAGGCGGUUUCAAGUUCUGUGUGGAUCUUGUAGAACACCUGAAGAACAUCAGUCGAAAUUCAGAUAGAUUUGUCUCUGUGAAGGUUGAUUUCAUCAGGCUAAAAAGUUCCAGGAACGACCAGGCCAUGGAUGAGAUGCAGAUAAUUGGAGGCGAUGAUCUUUCAACACUGGCUGGAAAGAAUGUCCUCGUUGUUGAGGAUGUUGUUAGAACUGGGAGGUCCAUGAAAGCACUGCUCAGCAGCAUAGAGAAAUACAAGCCCAGCAAGAUUAAGGUAGCCAGUUUGUUGGUGAAGAGAACACCUAGAAGUGAUGGCUUUAGACCUGACUAUGCUGGAUUUGAGAUUCCAGACUUAUUUGUGGUGGGUUAUGCCUUAGACUACAAUGAAUACUUCAGAGAUCUGAAUCACAUAUGCGUGAUCAACGAGCACGGCAAGGAAAAGUAUCGAAUCUAAAGAAGUCACUUCUCACCAUCGAAUCUCCAGAUAGCAUCAUCCUUACAACUACACUCAGGAAGCCAGCAUGUAAAGUUUGUCUCCCCAGGGCUCUUCUCUCAGCAGGAUAUGAAAGAAAAAAAUGUUUUAAUGAGAGAGCUUUCUUUUCUGAGAUUAUAACAUAAAGAGUAGCAAAGGUUCUUAAGGAAAGGAAAGCAAUGCUUUUCUGUGACUUGUUCCAAAUUAAACACUCCACCUUGUGACUCACACAUUCUACCUACCUUCACACUCCUGAGCUACACCUUCUUUUGUUUUGAUACAGUCAUUAUACUUGAUUACUAUACCCCCACCUAGUUACUCAAAUAUUUUUUACUUAACUUUUUUUUUUAUCACACUCUAUUUUGGUAAUAUUUCGCAAUCUUAAGAACCUGGAAGCCUUUUAAGUGAAGCUCUGAGCCCAUCUGCUGUGAACGCAACUAGAUUCCCAUACUAGAAAAGGAGGGAAAGGACAAUUUAAUAUAAAUUUCUGUUUGCGUGUUUCUGACAGGCCAUGAUUAUCUGCUUUGACAAAGCCUUUCUGAACCACAGCAUACAAUGCAUCUUAAUGAUGUUAUGAAAUGAGCCUUCGCUCAGUGCUCUUGAUUGGAGCUUCCGGUAUGUGAUAACGGUAUGUCGUGUAUGCAUGGAUGUACUCAACUGUGUUUAAUACUGUGAAUUUUAAUUAGAAAAAAUACAAUGGCAGCAAGGCCCUGGUUUCUAAGCGGCAUCCUUUUAUUCAUGUGAGACAUGAGCAAAUGGCAGAAUUAGGGGGGAGGGGGAAGUGUUUUCACUGCUCAAAACUAAGCGAGUAUAAAUUUUUCCUCUUAUUUCCAUCAUAGGACAAGACACUAUUAUGUAUUAUCCUAAACAUGAAUGCAGAGGUGGAAUUAUUUUUCUAAGUGGCCUUAUAAAAUUGAUCACAAAAUCCAAACCACUAUAGAAAACAAGCCGGCCUAAAGUUUUUUCUGGAUAACAUUUUUUCCGUCUUCACUGUUUUAUGAGAUGAUUUCUAAUUUAUGAGGAUUCUAAUUGAAAAUAAACUUGAGUGCCAAUA